GCGCUGCGCCGGCUCCAGCCUGCGCCUCCCCUCCCUCUCGUUCAUGCCGUUCUUGUGCGUGGUGAGUCGGAGCGCGCGUGUGGGUGCAGCCGGGGGACUUUCCUUUAAAAGCCGGGAUCCCACUCACGACACGAGUCUUUCAAAACUCCACCUGAGAGAGAGCCGAUUCUCCAGUCCCGUCUAUGGUUGUGACUGACGCGCCAACGAGGAUGUCCCGGACCGACGAGGUGCAUCGUAUAACGGAGAAUGUCUACAAGUCCAUCAUGGAGCAGUUCAACCCCUGCCUGAGGAACUUCAUCGCCAUGGGGAAGAGCUACGAGAAGGCGCUGACCAGGGAGGUACUGUUUCAGAUGGCCGAGGUCCACCGACAGAUCCAAAUUCAACUGGAAGAAAUGCUCAAGUCGUUUCAUAAUGAGCUUCUGACAGAGCUGGAGAAGAAAGUGGAGUUGGACGCUCGAUACCUCAAUGCCGCCCUGAAGAAGUACCAGAUGGAGCACAAGAGCAAAGGCGAGAGCUUGGAAAAGUGCCAAGCUGAACUGAAGAAGCUGCGCCGGAAAAGUCAAGGCAGCAAGCACCCGUCCAAAUACGGAGACAAAGAGAUGCAGUACGUUGAAGCCAUCAGCAACAAGCAGAGCGAGCUGGACAACUACAUCGCAGAGGGAUACAAGAAUGCGCUGUCCGAGGAGCGUCGGAGGUACUGCUUCCUGGUCGAUCGGCAGUGCGCUCUGGCCAAAAACACCACCGGCUUCCACGGCAAGGGUAAGGAGUUGUUGUCCCAGAAGCUCCCCAUGUGGCAGCAGGCCUGUGCAGAGCCAAACAAACUGCCGGACCGUGCCAUGUUCUUGGCCCAGCAGAUGAGUGGAGCCAUGCCCAUCUCGGAGCCUCUCCCUGGGGCCAAAGCGCUGCCCCUGCCCCCUGAGCUGGCGGCCCUCAGAGCUGGAGGAGCCAUGAGCCAACAGAUGCCAGUCAUGAACGGCGCUCACGCUGCAGAUGACUACCAGCAGUGGAUGGAGGCCAAAGUCUCCCAGGGAAAAGCUUCGCCGCAAACGCACAGACACGAGGUUUACUCCAACACCCUCCCUGUACGAAAGGCUGCUCCUCAGAAGAACAAGGCUGCUCAGAUGGAGACGCGCACACUGCCUCGCUCCAGCUCGAUGGCGGCCGGUCUGGAGAGGAACGGUCGGACUCGGGUUCAGGCGGUGUUCUCCCACGCGGCGGGCGACAACAGCACCCUCCUGAGCUUCUCCGAGGGCGAUGUCAUCACCCUCCUUGUGCCCGAGGCGAGGGACGGGUGGCACUACGGGGAGAGCGAGAAGACGCGAAUGCGCGGCUGGUUCCCGUUCUCCUACACUCGGGUCAUUACUGGGGCAGAGGCCGAGUCCAUGAGGCAUCUCAGAGUUCACAAUUUGCACCACGGCAAGAGCAGCAGCACUGGUAACCUCCUGGAGAGAGAGGACGUGCCGCUGCCCACUCCAGACUAUACGCUCCGGAUGCACUCCCAGACUCUGCAUAGACACAGGCCCUACAGUGUGGCCGGGCCAGGCUUCUCACAGCAGGGGGUGGAAGAAUAUGAGCCACGUUUCCCAACAAGUUCAACAGAGGUCAAACUGAUUUCUACAGUGUGAGAAACGAAACACAAAACUGAAGCUAUAAGACUCAGGACUGGUCUUUCUUCACGUAGUCCUCCUCCUCCUCCUCGGAUUUCCUGGUUCGGAUUUCAACUAAAACCAGGAAAAAAUGGGAAAAAAUGGCUGUGACUCGACACUUCUUUCAAACUGCCAUUUUUGGGAGCACUUUAGCUUGUUUGCGAUGCAUGUUUAGAACUUCCAGCAGACAUUGAAAAGAGGGGACUGUGUUGAUCCCGGAUUAGAAUUUAAACUUUGAACAGUGAAUGCAGCUUUUGAUAAUCUUGAUUUUAUGACUUUAAGCACAACCCAAUCUGUUAUAUAUGUUAGUACUUGUUUCUGCAAAUUACUACGUCAUAUAUAUUGGUUUUUACAACAUGCUAUGGCUGUGUUCAAAUGGUGCUUAAAGCCAGAGGUGGGACCAAGUCGUUGUUUUGCAAGUCUCAAGUCUUUUGGGCUCAAGUCCGAGUCAAGUCCCAAGUGACAGACAGGCAGUGGUGGAAGAUAAUGAAGUACAAGUAGUAAAGUACUGUACUUUUGGUAUCUGUACUUAAGUAAAUUUUACAGUGGACACUUUUCAGUUGUACGUCACUACAUUUCAGAGCAGUAUCUGUACUUUCUACUCCGCUACAAUUUUGAACAGGACUGACAAGUAAAAAGUACUUUUCAUAUGAUUUGAGGGGUUAUUUUUAAAAUGUUCGCGGUACCAUCGGGACUAAAGUUUUUGAUUUCAAGUUUCGGCUUUGAGCAAAACAAAAAUAAAUACACCAAAUUCAUUAAAAAAAUUAAGAAAUGUCUUCAUGUUGUUACUAUCGACCAAAAUAUGUCUCAUUAUUUAAUCAAUAUCACCACAUUUAACACUUGCAUGAAAUACUUUUACUUUUUACUCUUAAAGUACAUUUUUAAACAGGUACUUUAAUACUUUUACUUGAGUAACCUUUUCCUUUGUAUCGGUGCUUUUACUUAAGUAAACAAAACUGAGUAGUUCAUUCACCACUGCAGACAGGCGAGUCCAAGUUGAGUCCAAGUCAAGUCCAAGUCCAAGUCCAAGUCCUCAGCUCUGAGUCAAGUCUUUAAGUCUUUAAACCGAGCAAAGUACUGCUUGUACUUGUAUUUUUGCCGUUUAUAUUGUAAGCUUUUAAAACAAAAUUGUACUACCUAAAAACGUCACGGUAACAAAUAUAGAUGCAACAAUAUUCAAAUAACACAAUACAAUAAUUAUAGUAUUUUAGAUAUACUACUUUGUUGGGUAGUAAUAGUUAUUUCUUCAUGUAGUUUCAUGUAGUUCGGAUUAUGGAUAUGAAUAAUUAUAACUUUAAUAUUAUGAGUGAGUUCCAUGUUUAAACAACUGUUAUAAUAUUGUACUUUGUUACCAGUGAAAACAACUACGAUUUAACGGAGAAUAUUAUGGAUGAGCAGAGCCGUCGACUGAAAUUUUGGGGCCCGGGGCAAAACGCUUCACAUGGGCCCCCCUCUAAUACAAAUUAACAGGAAGAGGGCCCAAUUCUGGGUUUUUUUUUCUGCACAUUCAGUUGAAGUAAUUAUGAUUAUCUUUGUUGGCGAUUAUCACGAUUAUAUAAAAUGUCCCACGAACGAUUAUUGCCAACGUUUUUUAUCACGAUAAACGAUAGUGUUUAUUGUCCCAUCCCUAGACAUGUUCCAGUUUGUUCCUUUAAAAUGAAGCUCUGAAAUGAUCAACUGCACAGAUAGAAGUGCUUUUUUUUUUUUUUGAGGAGAAGCAUCAAAUCGUUUCAAGUGGCAAGGCUCAAGUUCAAGUCAAGUCCCGAGUCUGAGUCCAUUUUAUCAUGUCAAGUCUCAAGUCCUCAAAAUGGUGGCUCGAGUCCAAGUCCCGACCUGCAAGUCCCCGCCUCUGCUGAAAGCUAACCUCGCUAUUUGAAGCCUAUAUUACACUACUUUGCUACUGGUUUAAGCUAUAGUUUCACAUUUUGGUGAGCCCGUUGUAGUACACACAGUUUGUAUUUUUAUCACUCUCAUUCAGUCAUGUUGUGUCCAAUUAUUUAUGAAUGUAUUUAAAUGUCCUAUAUUACACAAAAUGGACUCUUGUGAGCUUUAAGCCGUGUUAUAAUGUUGUUAUGCGUUCAAAAACAUACCUGGAGUUGUGUUUUGUUUCAUUCACACAUGUUUGAGUAACACUUUAUUGUUAGUCUGUAACAUCUCCAAAGCUCAAAACACUCUGUUCCACCUUGUGAUGUCAUGAAGUGGUAGUUUUCAAGUUAACAGCUACAUUUUAUCUUUUGUUUUCUAUAGAGAUUGGCAAUUCCAGGGCUGAAUCAAAUGAUCAAAAUUAUUCUAGUGAAGGUGUGUGGAGUUGAAAAACACAGUGGAGCACUUUCUGUAUUGCCACAUGAUGACAUCACAAGGUGGAACAGAGUGUUUUCAGUUUGAGAGAAGAACUCAGCUGAAAUAUGCAGGGUUUGCGUGUUAAACAUGUGUGAAUGAAACAAAACACAACUCCAGGUCUGUUUGUGAUGAGGAAACAACAUUAUGACAUAGAUGAGAAAAUGGCGUCAAAUGGGCCCUUAAAAAAAAAAAAAAAAAAAAAAAAAAAAAAACAGUGUAAGGGAUGUUUAAUCACACAAAUAAAAAAGAAAACAUACAAUUUUUUAGAUGAAUUUUCUGAUUUUCCCCGUUUUUUUCCCAUUGAGGUCUGGAGUGAUUUGCAGAAAUGGAAAUAGUGAGAUUGGGUUGAGUAAAUAAAUGUAUCAAUGUGACCGGAAUGUUCUUUGUACAUAAACAUAACUUGUGCCAAACACGUGCUCGUCUCAUUAUAUCUACUCAAACGAUACAUGCACUUUCUAUCUGUCUCAAAUAUAUACUCGAAAUUUAUGUCUGUUUUGGGGCUUCUUCUUUUGGACUUUUAUUUCUGAAAACUGUGAUUUUUCUCUUGUCUGAAAACGAAGGGCGAAUGUGCUCAGUUUAACGUCGUCUUUAAGCAAAAAUCUGUUAUUUAUAAUCGGAAUAAAACACUUCCUCAUUUACAAAUCAAA